AUGGCCUCGCCGAGUCGGAGGCCGAAUCCCCUGAGGACAACAAAGUCCUUUACCAAGAUCGAAAGCAAUGACCCCCUCGCCUCUCCUCGCCCAAAGAGGGCUGCCACAAUGCAGAACGGUGCCCUGCCGAAGCUAGUUACAUCCAACAAGGAGACGGGCCCGCAGAAGAUUGCCGAAGAGCCAGAGAGCGCCGACGCGUUCGAGAACAAACAAGGCGAUGAGACGCCCGUCGAGCCCCAGCCGAGAGGCUCCGUCGAUCUCGACGACCUGCCCAUCGAACUGAUCGGCCUGACGGACAACUUUAUCGAGUCGUUGUCCACAAGGAGUCGACCAGCCCCUCCGACCAUCGACAACAUCUCGCAGCUGUUCCAGGAUUUUUACUACACAGCUGCCCAACACAUAAACACACACAUCUCCGCACUGAUAUCGAAACACCGCCGCGAGACAUCCCCCGCACCUUCCGCCUCGUCGAGGACAUCGACUGCGAGCUUGCUGAGGGCCAAGGCGGCCUCCAUCGGCAAGGAUCGGCAAAAGGCUGGCACUCCCAAGGCGGACGCACCAGAGCAACAGAUGAUCACUGCAGACGAGAUGACGGAGCGCAAGAGAAAGAGAAAGGCUAUAGAACAGCAGCGUGGUACCCUGGAAGAGGCUGUCGAGAGACGCUUGUGUGAGGGGAUCUACGCCAAGAUCUACCGGCACCGGACCACCCAGGACGAAGCUCAGGACGACAAGCUGCGUUCCAAGACGGCAGCCCUGGCGGUCGUCGGGAUCGGCCUGACCGACUUGGGAGUGCAGUUGACUGAGUCCUCCGAGCCACCAGAGGCACAGGCGGAGAGGGCCGAGGAGGUUCGCAAGUGGCUGGACGGGGCGAGACAGGAGCUGAUCGCCAUGAACGAGAGUCGAUAUCCGCUGGGGAAGUUGAACCACCUCAAGACUGCGCACAAGAGUAUUGUGGAUACGCUCUCACAUUUCCACCCCUCGUCCUCAGCCGACGAGAUUAUGCCCAUGCUCAUCUAUACGCUCAUUACCCUGCCUCCCGCGAAUCUCAAUGUUAUAAGCGACUUGAGGUUCAUAGAGAGGUUCAGGUGGGAGCCGAAGCUCGUGGGAGAAGCCGCAUACUGCAUGACAAACCUGGAGGCCGCCAUCAGCUUCCUCGAGACGGUGGAUCUAUCGACGUUGCGCUCAGACGAGGCACCCUCUGGGCCGCCUAGAUCGUCCAGCCCGCCCAGGGCUGAGACUUUCCCUCCUGCAUAUUCCCCAACACUGUCAGCCGCGACGAGCACGACAGCAGCGAGCGACGCUAACCCCGCUGGCACGGUGCGAAAACCCUCACCCUCCCCAGCCAACAGACUCAAGGUCGCACAGGAACGCAAUCGCCGCUUCAGCGACCUCGUGAAUACACCCGCACAGGCUCUGGGCGCGGCCAGCGAUGCCGUCCGCAACACGGCCGACCAGGGCUUGAAGAACAUCAGCAACAGCUUAGGCGACAGCUACAGGAUGCUGAUGGGGAGGCUCCGCGAGCCGGCCAACGCAGACGCCGAGGUCGUAGUGCCCAAGACGCUCGAAGACGCCCGCAAACUGAUCGGAACUCCACCGCUAGAAGAUGACGCCUCGGUCACCAGCUCACAGAACCAAGAGGACAACAGCGCCAACCUCACUGAGUCUGGUGCGCGACGCCCGCGUCCUAGGGAAGACAAGGUGCUCAACCUCAUCUCGGGCCGGACUAAGUCGUCUGCCGCCCGCGAUCACUCUGCCGACAGCUCGCGCAGCGGCGAGAGCGGCACUAAGAGGCUGUCUGGUCUUUUCGGCGGGGAUGAUGGCGCCCUCGGUAGGGAAAACAGGACGUCUGGCGGUGGUGUCACGACACCCAACCCGCUGACAGAGGGCAUGCGGAAUCUCAGCAACUCGCUGAAUCCCAUGGCCAAAUUCGCAAGUGGUGUGGGUAUGGGAAUCGGGUCAUUCCGGCCAUUUGCGCGGACGCCAAGCCAACCUGUUACGCCGCAGGCCACAACUAUAUCGGGAUCGGUCAAGUCUGGGUCGUCGGGGGCGGAGGGUGGUGAUUUGGCUACAGUAAGACUGACCCUUGGCACACAUACACACACCCCCACACCUCCGCUACAACACUUAGCCUUCCCCGAGCUGGCGGCCAAUCUCCCACCCAAGGAGACGCCCAAGAUCAAUCCGCCCAUCAAGCGCUUUAUGGAGAUGCAGAACCCUGCUGACCUGCGCAUCGCGGAGGUGCUGGAGCUGCUGCGAGACUACAGGCGGCUAGCGGGCGCUCUCAAGGAGAUGGAUGCCUUCAAGGAGUGA